AUGACAGCCCGUCUAGCAGCUCUCCGAUCUACCUUAUCCACCAUGGCAGGCAUUGCAACAGAUUGUCAGCAUGUGCGCCCACGGAGCUUCGCACCGCUCGAUACCACCAAAGUAUCAGAUGCGCCGCGGCUAAAGGGCAUCGUGUUUGAUGUGGAUGGGACCUUGUGCUUGCCACAACACCAUAUGUUUACUGAAAUGAGAGAUGCACUUGGGAUAGAUAAAUCAAUCGACAUCCUGCACCACAUCCAAGGUCUUCCAACCGCAGAAGACCGCGCUGCAGCCGUUGCAAAGAUCCAAGCCGUUGAGCGGCGCGCCAUGAUGGACCAGGUACCACAGCCGGGUCUAGUGGGACUAAUGGAGUAUCUCCAAUCCCGCGGCUUGAGACGGGCACUAUGUACACGGAACUUCGAAUCGCCUGUCCGGUAUCUUCUCAACAAUCACCUGCCGGAGCAUAUAUUCCUGCCUAUAAUUACGCGAGACACACCCAAUGUGAUCCCCAAGCCUGAUCCAGCUGGCAUCCUGCAUAUUGCGCAAGAAUGGGGGUUGACGAAUCGGGCCGAGAGUUUGAUUAUGGUUGGUGAUAGUAUUGAUGAUAUGACGGCUGGACAUAAAGCUGGUGCGGCGACGGUGCUGCUUUUGAAUGAGAGGAAUACUCAUUUGCAGGAACAUGCUCAUACUGAUCUUUGUAUCAAUCGGUUGGAUGAUUUGAUUGAGAUCCUUGAGCAGGGGUUUGUUAGCCAGCGGUGUGAUCCGGGGCAUGUCUGA